GGUUUUUAAAUGAUACAAUUCAAAUCGGGGAUAAUGUAUUUGAAUCCGAAGACAAGUGAAGUUUGGCCUGGCUGCUCGGACCAUUAGAAUCUGGCCACACGGACGGAUUUCUCGUCAAACUAGUCCAUGGUUUCGAGGCGUGUGCGUUUUACUUUCUCAGUGUGUCACAUUUCAACAGAGUGACAGAAGGCAAAUAUUUAUGGUACACUUUAGUCUGGAGUCUGAACAUAAAAAGUUAUAUCGAGAGAGACAUUUUACCAGAAAUUGUGAUGGUCAUGGAAUUUCUGAAGGAACCAACUUAAUUUACAUGAUAUUUUAAUUACCGACUAACAGACAAUGUAACAAAAUGGAUCAGGUCACCCUCCCACUAAAUUUUUAAACUUUGUGAAAAGUAAACAAUAUUGAUCUUGUGUUACGUUAAACACCUGACAAAGCUGCUGACAUUAAUUUAAACGACUGGUGCCUUGGUGAGGAAGUCAGAAAACAAGAAAUUUGUCAGUACUGGUCAGUUAGUGUCCAUUUUCCUCGUGGUCAUCAGCAUGCCUUGCCGUGUUGAAAUUGACUGGAUAGCAUGUAUAGUCGAGAUUAUAGGGACCGUCUUUUUUAUUCUUGGAAUUGCUACUCAGCACUGGUCAGUAUCCAACGAUGGAUCGGCUCAUUCCGGACUCUUCACGUCCUGUACAAGCUCCGGGCUAUGUUACGACACGCACGUGUUUUAUGAUCAGUACGCAGAAAAGGGUCAGAUCAUUUGUGCGGCCGUGUUUACACUCCUUGUGAUGGCAGGAUUCUGUUUAGUUUUGCUUCUCAUGUUGCUGUACAUGUGUGGACUUUUCGAAGAGAAAUCUGUUGGAUUGCUAGCUGCUGUUUCAUCCUAUUUAACAGUGUUGGUCGGCUUUGUCGGAAUUAUUGUUUAUGGAUCUGCCAUCAACAAGGUGUCCCAGACGGUCAGUUGGUCGUGUGGUAUGGCGAUCAUGGGACUGCUUAUUAAUCUGGUCGGUGGUAUCCUAAUGCAUAUUGGGAGUCAGAGGUUCAAACCUAACCUUCCAUUACUACCCCCCACCCCAGCUAAAAGGGGACAGCCCUUUACGGUAUCACAACAUCGUAUGAGUCGGAGACUCACUAACAAACGUGCAAUAUUACCACGAUAACAUCCUAUUCUGUACUUUAUAGCUGACAUUUUGAUAUAAAGCAAAUGGAAAAUCGGGUUCAAGGUCAAACAAUAUCUUAAUCGAACGGGAGUGCUAAUGAUUUUAAUGGCAACCGGAAGUGUUCGUUUCCAAUAUUUCGACAUCAAUAACCGAAAGUGCUCAUUACCUGGACAAAACUAAUUACUGUAACUCCAGCUGUUAUGGAAGAAACUUUUACCACAAGUGUUCAUGAGAUUUGAAGCCAGAUUUGAGAAGCUGUGAAUG